UCCAGGACCUCCAACCCACCAGGAACUCUACAUAAGCAACUGCCUCUCCUGUGCUUCAUGUGCCCGUCUUCUUCUCCUGGCCAUCACAUCCUCCAUCAGGCUCAAAUCCUAUCGACAUUUGUGUAGAACAAUGGCUGAAGACAAGACGGAUCAUCCGAGGCUGAACGAGCGCAUCCUGUCAUCCCUCUCAAGGCGAUCUGUCGCUGCACAUUCCUGGCAUGAUCUGGAGAUAGGACCUGGAGCCCCUCAGGUCUUCAACGUUGUUGUUGAGAUCACAAAAGGGAGCAAAGUUAAGUAUGAACUUGACAAGAAGACUGGCAUGAUCAAGGUUGACAGGAUUCUGUACUCAUCCGUAGUCUACCCACACAAUUAUGGUUUUGUACCGCGGACGCUGUGUGAAGAUGGGGAUCCAAUUGAUGUAUUGGUCCUGAUGCAGGAACCAGUGAUACCUGGUUGCUUUCUUCGAGCUAAAGCCAUUGGGCUUAUGCCCAUGAUUGAUCAGGGUGAGAAAGAUGAUAAGAUCAUUGCAGUUUGCGUUGACGAUCCAGAGUACCGCCAUUUCAAUGAUCUUAAGGAGCUCUCUCCCCAUCGCCUAGCUGAAAUCCGCCGCUUCUUCGAAGAUUACAAGAAGAAUGAGAAUAAGGAGGUUGCUGUAAAUGACUUCUUGUCAUCGAACACUGCGCAGGACGCCAUUAAGCACUCCAUGGACCUAUACGCUGAAUAUAUCAUGCAAAGUCUGAAGAACUAGCCGUCGUUGCAAACUUGCAAGGCUGCAGAAUUCGAUCACAUGGUCUCGUAGAAAGACAACAAUGAGUUUACAAGCUUACAUGGCUUUCAUUUCAGGGGCCAUUAUCUUUGUAUACUUGAAUAAAGGGACAUAUUUUAUUCUUCUCCAUAUUUUUGUGCCGACCAUUGUAUUUUAUUCUUCUUCAUAGUUUUGUGCUGAGCAUUGUAAUGAAGGGCUAAAGUUACACUUCUGCAUAUUAUUGAAGUAUAUUCGUAUAA